GAAAAUCUGAUUAAUUUGCCGUUUCUUUUUGGUUUGAAAUUAGGGGUUGCGGGUGCCGGAGUAGGAUUGAUAUCCAAGCAUCGAAAAGUUCACGGCCUUUCAAAUAUUUCAGCAACUUACGCAGCUAAUUUUGCUAUUAUAACUGGUUGCUAUUGCGGUGCACGUGAAUUUGUAAGGGUGAGCAGAACUGGAAAACCCGAUGAUUUUCUGAACUCUUUAAUUGGAGGUUUUGGUAGCGGGGCUCUUCUGGGACGUCUUCAAGGUCAGAAUUCCUGAGCCUUUUUGUGUACAUCUGGUG